UAGAAAAAUCAUUCCAUGUCGAUAUAUUUUAUACAAAUUUGAAGCGAAAAUGCCAGCAAACUUUUAGCUCUUUAGUUCGAAAAGCAAAAUGCAAUUCAGAACGACAAUAUGGAGACAUCAAUCUCUGGAGAAGCUCAAACCCAAAUUCAGAACAUAUACCCUUGGUGUCGUCGUUGCAUCAGCGUCUCGUUUUCACGUAGCACAAAACCUGUUCGACAAAAGUCCUGACCGAGUUCAAGAAAACCACACAAGCUUGCUCUUCGGCUACUCUCGCGACGGACGCACUCAAGAAGCGACGAGGCUCUUCUUAACCAUCCACCGUUCCGGAGCCGAGAUGGACUGCUCAACCUUCUCCUCCGUGCUAAAGGUUUCCGCUACUCUAUGCGACGAGCUUCUCGGCAAACAGCUUCAUUGUCAAUGCGUAAAGUUUGGGUUUUUAGACGAUGUGAGCGUCGGCACGUCGCUUGUUGACACGUACAUGAAAGGCAGUAACGUUAAAGACGGAAGAAACGUUUUUAAUGAGAUGAAAGAGAGGAACGUUGUUACUUGGACUACUUUGAUAAGCGGGUACGCGAGGAACGGGUCCAACGAGGAGGUUCUGAAGCUGUUUAUGCGAAUGUAUAAAGAAGGGACCGAGCCUAACUCGUUUACGUUCGCAGCUGCUCUUGGAGUUUUGGCUGAAGAAGGAGUGAGUGGGAGGGGGAGGCAGGUGCACACGGUCGUUGUCAAGAACGGUUUAGACAAAACCAUUCCGGUUUCCAACUCUCUGAUUAAUCUCUAUCUCAAAUGUGGUAACGUUGGGAAAGCUAGAAUCUUGUUUGAUAAGACUGAAGUGAAGAGUGUGGUUACGUGGAACAGUAUGAUCUCUGGAUACGCAGGGAACGGUCUUGAUUUAGAAGCGUUGGGGAUGUUUCACUCCAUGAGGCUUAACCACGUCCGGUUAUCGGAAUCGAGCUUUGCUUCCGUUAUCAAGCUCUGCGCUAACCUCAAAGAGCUGAGGUUCACGGAGCAGCUCCAUUGCAGUGUUGUGAAGUACGGGUUUUCGUUUGAUCAGAACAUAAGGACGGCUCUGAUGGUGGCUUAUAGUAAAUGUACAGUGAUGUGUGAUGCUCUUAGGCUGUUCAAAGAGACGGGUCUCCGCGGGAAUGUUGUGACGUGGACAGCGAUGAUCAGUGGUUUCUUGCAGAACGAUGGGAAAGAGGAAGCAGUGGAUUUGUUUAAGGAGAUGAGGAGGAAAGGUGUUAGACCGAACGAGUUCACUUAUUCCGUCGUUCUCACCGCUCUUCCUGUGAUUUCUCCAGCAGAGGUUCAUGCGCAAGUUUUAAAGACUAACUACGAGAGAUCUUCAACGGUUGGGACCGCUCUUCUAGAUGCUUAUGUGAAGUUAGGUAAAGCAGACGAGGCUGCAAAAGUUUUUAGCAGUAUUGAUGAUAAAGACAUUGUGGCUUGGUCAGCGAUGCUUGCGGGAUACGCUCAGACCGGAGAGACGGAAGCAGCUGUAAAGAUGUUUAGCGAGCUCACAAAGGGAGGGAUAAAACCGAACGAGUUCACAUUAUCCAGCGUCCUUAACGUGUGUGCUGCUGCUUCCGCAUCUUCUGGACAGGGAAAGCAGUUCCAUGGGUUCGCUAUAAAAUCAAGAGUGGAGAACUCUUUAAUUGUUAGUAGCGCUCUUUUAACCAUGUAUGCAAAGAAAGGCGACAUCGAGAGCGCGGAAGCAGUCUUCAAAAGGCAGGGAGAGAGAGAUCUAGUGUCGUGGAACUCGAUGAUCUCCGGGUAUGCACAGCACGGGGAAGCUAUUAAGGCUCUCGAUGUUUUCGAGGAGAUGAAGAGGCAGAAGGUGAAAAUGGAUAGCGUAACGUUCAUAGGAGUGUUUGCCGCUUGUACACACGCAGGGUUUGUAGAAGAAGGCGAGAAGUAUUUCGAUAUAAUGGUGAGAGAAUGCAAGAUUGCACCUACAAAGGAGCAUAAUAGCUGUAUGGUCGAUCUAUACAGCCGAGCCGGGCUACUUGAAAAGGCUAUGGAGGUCAUAGACAACAUGCCGUACCCAGCCGGUUCGACCAUUUGGAGGACAAUUCUAGCUGCCUGCCGUGUGCACAAGAGAACAGAGCUUGGGAGAUUAGCUGCAAAGAAGAUCAUUGAUAUGAAACCAGAGGAUUCAGCUGCGUAUGUGCUUUUGUCUAAUAUGUAUGCAGAGUCAGGAGAUUGGGGAGAGAGAGCCAAAGUAAGGAAGCUGAUGGAGGAGAGAAAGGUGAAGAAAGAAGCUGGUUACAGUUGGAUUGAGGUGAAGAACAAGACUUAUGCGUUCUUGGCGGGUGAUCGGUCUCAUCCUCUCAAAGACCAGAUCUAUAAGAAGGUAGAGGAUUUGAGUAGACGGCUGAAGGAUUUAGGGUAUGAGCCGGAUACGAGUUAUGUGCUUCAAGAUAUUGAUGAUGAGCAUAAAGAAGCUGUUCUUGCUCAGCAUAGUGAGAGAUUAGCUAUUGCAUUUGGGUUGAUAGCUACACCGCAGGGAAGUCCUCUUUUGAUCAUUAAGAACCUUAGGGUUUGUGGGGAUUGUCAUGCAGUUAUCAAACUGAUUGCGAAGAUUGAAGAAAGAGAGAUUGUAGUUAGAGAUACAAAUCGGUUUCAUCACUUUAGUAGUGAUGGAAUUUGCUCAUGUGGGGACUUUUGGUGACAAUAUUAAAGAGAAAUACAUUAUUCAAGCAUUUUAUAAAACACUAGUGUCUCAGCCCGUACUAAAUAAUCUUAGAAAUUGUGAAUUUGACAGCUAUACCUAAAGGGGAAGGCCCUUUAGAACUUGCAUUGUGGUUUGAAUUGCUCCAGGUUGCCUAGGUCCACAGGACAUCCAUUUACCAUCAAGAACAUUGCAUCUUGGGUUUUGCGCACAGGAUCAAAACGAACGUCUUUUACCUGCAGGAGCCAGAAAGAUUGUCAGGACAAAGGCUUAUCUAUCUAGUAGCUACUUGGGGGCAAACUGUGGAAAACAAUAAAUCACUAGGGGCAAGUUACUUGCACAG